AUGGCGGAGCAGGUCUUGUUCCGGCGUGGGACCGGGCAGAGCGAUGACUCGGAUGUGUGGGACGACACGGCUCUCAUCAAGGCGUACGAUAAGGCGGUGGCCUCCUUCAAGAACGCUUUAAAGAAUGGAGAGUAUUCGGAGGCCUCAGCCAAGCAUGAGCAACGCCUAGGGAUGGAGAGAAAAAACAGUAAAAAGAACAGAAAUCGGAAGAAGAGCAGCACAGUUCCUCUGAAACAGUGGAAAGUUGGUGACAGCUGCAGUGCUGUUUGGUCUGAGGAUGGCAAUGUGUACUUGGCAACUAUCACCUCCAUCAACCGGAAGAGAGGCACCUGUGUUAUAACUUACACAGGAUAUGGAAAUCAGGAAGAGCAGAACCUGUCUGAUCUACUUCUUCCAACCAGCAACGAAACAAAUGAAAAUGAUGUUCCAUGCUCAACAGAUGAAAGUGAAAAGUCUUCCCAGUCCUCUCGAAACAAAAACAACUGCACAAAAGGAAGGUUCCAUCCUCCAAAUCUUCAUUGUUCAACACGGCUAGGAACCCCAGGACUGGGAAGGACUGGAUCAAAAUGGUGGACAUCUCCAUUGUUUUCACCUCUCUGGCCUCCAACCUUCCCAUCAGCACCACCACUGAUUCCUCCUCCACCACAAUUCCCAAGUCCAGAUGCACUUGAGGAUGAUGAAGCCCUGGGGAGCAUGUUGAUGUCCUGGUACAUGAGUGGUUACCACACUGGGUAUUACCUGGGCUUAAAACAAGGUCGUAUGGAAGCAGCGACGGCGAAAGAGUCACAUGCAAAAUAACUGAGUACCCAUCCUUGGUUUGAAGGAUUGUAACUAUUGCAGUUUUGUGCUAAAUGAAGAUCCACCAAUUUGUUUUCAAGGCUCUCAACAAGUUUGGAAUUCAGUGCAGAAGCUGUGAGCUUCAGGACUUCCCACAACCACUUCUGCCCAUGUCCAUUCCUUUGCUAUGAAAUGGUCUUUUCUUGUCCAGGAGGAAGAAAAGUGUUUUACUGCUCUGAUGAAAGGUUAGAACUACAACAUCUCUGCAUCAGGAGUUGCAGCACAGCUGGCUUGAUCCGUGAUGAGCUGCUUGAUUUCUUCAUGCUGCUGUUGGGAAAACAAGGGGUGGUUCAGUGAAAUGCAGCUGUUUCACCCAUGUACACCUCUUGAGGAGCAGCUGCUGCUGUGCAGAUGCAGCUUCUGUAGCUGAGCUUUGUUUUCAGGGCAAGAAACACUUGAGUUGGAUGUGGUUGAGCAGUUCUGUUCUCACUGCUUCAUCACUUGUGCUUUUAGUUGGAAGUCAUCAGUUAGAGUUUUCUGGCAUAUUGUCCAGUUCCUUUUAGGACAAAACUGUAUUCUUUUGGGGAUUUUUUUUU